UCUAACUUCACUUUAAACAGUUUGAGUACAUCAUCCUUCAUCCAAUAAGCGAAGCGGUGCAAAUUUUGGAAUUUUGUUUUGUCAUUCCAUUUUAAAGAGACUUCUUUUUUGUUAAAUUUUGUAUUAAGAAAAUGUUCCGAAACCAAUACGAUAGUGAUGUGACUGUCUGGAGUCCCCAGGGUCGUCUGCAUCAAGUCGAAUAUGCCAUGGAAGCAGUCAAACUGGGUUCCGCAACUGUAGGUCUGAAAAACCGAGACUAUGCCGUUUUGGUGGGACUCCGUCGUGCAACUUCUGAGCUCUCGUCCAGUCAGAAGAAAAUCAUCCCAAUCGAUGACCAUUUGGGUAUUUCAAUUGCUGGAAUCACUGCCGAUGCUCGUGUUUUGAGCCGUUACCUCCGUUCGGAAUGUUUGAACUACAAGUACUCGUACGAUACAACUUACCCAGUGUCGCGAUUGAUUAUGAACUUGGGCAACAAAAUGCAGGUUACCACUCAGCGUUAUGAUCGUCGUCCUUAUGGUGUUGGACUCCUAGUUGCUGGUUACGAUGAUCAGGGACCACACAUCUACCAAGUUGUUCCAUCGGCCAACUAUUUCAACUGCAAGGCUAUGUCAAUUGGAUCCAGGUCCCAGAGUGCUCGUACCUACUUGGAGCGCCAUUUGGGUGAGUUCGCUGACUGCACUAAGGAUGAAUUGAUUUGCCAUGGUAUCCAGGCUAUUCGAGGAACUCUUCCCAACGAUGAAUUAUUGGCUAAGGACGAACAGUCUCCACUUUUGAACAUCUCAAUUGCCAUCGUCGGCAAGGGUCAGGAAUUCAAAAUAUUCGAUGACGAAGAAAACUUGCACUUUGUAAAUAUGGCAAAGGCUAAGGCUGGCUCUGCCCCAGGUCCAUCAAGAGGUCAAGAAGAUGCACCUGCAGCCGGUCCUGGUGAUGACGGAGAUGAGCCACGUCCACCCCCAAACGAUCCACAGGUAGCUGUGGAAACCAUGGAUCAGUAAAUGCAUUUCAUGAUUACCAUUCAAACGAUGACUGCGGAUGCGGACAAGGCCAUGGCUUUUGAAUGGGGAUCCGUUGAUUUGUUGGACAAUUCAGCGGAUCCCCACAUAAUUUUUAUUAAAAGCUUUUUGCCAUAAGAAUUUUUGCAAAAAUAAUAAUAUUCUUUUGGAUAAUGGUUCUGUUUAAUUUUUAAAUACAAAAUAAUAAAUGCUUCUUUAUGUGAAAAUACUAAAA